CACUCGCCGUCUGGCAGCCGAGGCCCGCACAGUAGCAGCGCCGCCAUGGCAGCACCACGCGCCGCGCUCCUCGUCCUCGCCGCAGUAGUGCUCUGCGCUGUCGUCGCUGCACCGUCAGGCACCGCGCUGACGAAGGAGCAGCUGCGCGCCAUGUUCAUGAAGAACCUGCGCCGCUUCCGGUCGUUCCCGUGCCGGGAGCCGCAGAGGCGCUCCGUGAUGGUGGGCGAGCUGCUGCUGCGCAAGGGCGAGCUGUCCCCCAGCCAGACGAUCGCGCCGCCGGCCACGGUGCUGCACCUCUGCGGGCCCUCCACCGGCUGCUGCUACAGCUCCGACACGGUGUGUGCGCCGCUGGAAAAGCAGACGGUGACUCUGCCGUUCCGAGUGCAGGACACCCUGCAGGGCUCCGACUUCAGCGACAUGUCCAUCAACUUCGUCAAUCACACGCGCUGCGGCUGCGUGUCCAGGACUGAGGCCCGUGACACGGAGGAAGUCGUCUGGGAGACCAACAGCGUCCCUUGACUCCCUCCGGGGACGAAGCCCGCGUCGACACGCAGUGCCGGUCUGCGACACGGGUCCACGGUGUUUUAGCCG